AUGGCCUCGGCUGCAACCCUCCCCAAGCUUCAGUUGAGGCCAAGAUGCAACAGCUACUUCCAGAUGACCGAUCAAGUUCAUGCGCACAUCAAAGCAUGCGGUGCCUGCAAGUGCCCGACGCAUAUCCACGGGUUGUUUCUUUCAGCUGGAGGAAGAAGAUGGAGGCACACAUUCCUGCCGGUGUCUGCGGUUGGAACAGGUCGGGGCUCAUCGGUCGCUGAGGCAGAUAGGAAGAGCGACUUGUCUCUGGAGAACGUCAAGACGUCCGUCGUUUCCCGCGACGACGAAAAGAUCAAUGUACGAGUGCAGUUGCCUGGAAAGACAACACAAAAGGUGUUUGAUGAGGCUCUGACGAUCUUGGCUCGUGAUGCACCGCCAGUUCCUGGUUUUAGGAAGUCCAAAGGAGGGAAAACAUCAAAUAUACCCAGCAGCAUCCUGCUGCAGAUGCUUGGCAAAAGCCGGGUCACCAAGUUCGUUCUUCAGGAAAUAUUGAGCAUCACCAUUGAAGAAUUUAUCAAGAAGGAAAACCUGAAGGUGAAACCUGAGAUCAAGACAACCCAGUCCGAAGGUGAAAUGGAGUCGGCAUUCGCGCCAGGUUCAGCAUUUGGGUUCAAUGUUAUCCUUCAGCUUGAGAAAUCUGACUCUGGUGAGGAUUCAGUGGAGAAACCUGACUUUGAUGAGGAUUCAGAGGAGAAACCGGACUCUGAUGACGACUUAAAGGAGCAAAAAUCUGGCUCCUCAGAGUAG